AUGAUAACUAAUCUAUUCUCUGUAUUUGACCCCUCAUCAAGUAUUUUUAAUUUAUCCUUAAAUUGAAUAAGAACAUUUUUAGGCCUUCUUAUCAUUCCAUCUGCUUACUGAUUAAUACCAUCCCGAUGACAUGUUUUUUGAAACUCAAUUCUUAUAACCCUUCACAAGGAAUUCAAAACUCUUUUAGGCCCAUCAGGACACUCAGGAUCAACUUUUAUCUUUGUCUCUCUAUUUUCAUUGAUUUUAUUCAAUAACUUUAUAGGGCUAUUCCCAUAUAUUUUUACAAGAACAAGCCAUUUAACACUUACACUUACAUUAGCACUACCCUUAUGGUUAUGUUUUAUAAUUUACGGAUGAAUUAAUCACACACAGCACAUAUUCGCCCACCUAGUCCCCCAGGGAACACCAGCAGUACUCAUACCAUUCAUAGUAUGUAUCGAAACCAUUAGUAAUGUUAUUCGACCUGGAACUUUAGCUGUACGACUAGCAGCCAAUAUAAUUGCAGGACACUUACUACUUACCCUACUGGGAAACACCGGUCCCUCCCUCUCCUAUGCUAUUGUUUCUUUACUAUUAAUUGGUCAAAUUGCUCUUUUAGUUCUAGAAUCAGCUGUAGCUAUUAUCCAAUCGUAUGUAUUUGCAGUCCUAAGAACUUUAUACUCUAGAGAAGUAAAUUAA